AUGACAGAUGAGUAUAUUUCCUUAGAGACGGGGGAGGAUGAGGCAGAGACCGAGGAAGUGGAGGCAGAGGCGGAGGCUCAGAGGUUGAGGCGGAGGCAAGACGGCGGAGGAGGCAAAAGCGAAACGGAGAUGAUGAAUGUAAUUGGGGCAGCUGGUGACUUGGGUUUUGUUUUGUUGGGUUGGGCUGGGCCUGGGGAGUGGGGAGUGGGGGCUGGCGUUUUUCUUCUGAUUUUUCUUCAGGAUCAGAUGUCGCUGCCAUUAAUUUAUUUGGAAAGAGUCUUUCAUGACUCCGGUAAUAUGCUUACUGAGAUAUCGGUAGGCAAAAAUGUUUGUGAUUUCAAGGACGGAUCUCCUGUUGUCAGUCAUAAUUGUGUCAGCGGCAUAUUAUCUGUUUCUCCACAAUUGUCUGAGCCCUCCCAUGUGAGAGCAGAGCCAUCCGUACACAUGGACACAUUAGAUCUUUCAGGUGCAGAUCUCCUUCUUGCUGCUUUUGACUCUUUAAGCUUUGUCGAGAAUCCUGGGCAUAGAGCUGAUGAAGAAAAAGAUACUGUCAAAUUUGAUGCUCCUAAUUCUUGUGUCGAAGUUGAUCCAUCCAGACAGCUAGACAGCGAGGUAAAAUAUUAUUCCGAGUCUGUUCAUGUAGCUGAUCCAUCUUUGCAGAAGGAUUGUGAAGGCCAAGAUGUGGUUAAAGUUGAUGAUGUUUCUGAAACGAAACCUCUAAUUGUGUAUUCUUCUCGGAGGAGGAGCGGGCGCAACCUUAAAUUAAAUCAAAACAAUGAGGAGCAUAAACCAGAUGGAAAAUGUAGGCGAACAGCUAAAAAGAACAAAAUACUGGAUUCGAUUUCCUUGCAAAUUUCAAGGAGGAGGAGAAGUGCCUUCUGCAAACGUGCUCGUUCCUCGGUUUGGGGAUCUCUGGGAAAUAUAAUCCAAGGUUUUCAAGUGAAUGUUGGGCUUGACAUGAAUUUAAAUAAUGGGAUAAGACCAAAGAGGGCAAACGAUGGUCUAGUGAAUGGAAGGAGGGCUAGAAAUUCAAAAAAACCAAUGGGAAAAAGCUGCACUCCAACUAGUAAUAUCUCUUUGAAGGUUAAAAUUGGAAAAACGAAGGGCCAGUACUAUUCAAAAAGUAAUUAUGUUGAAAAUCUUAGUGGAAAGGAAAAAAAUAUUUCCAAUUUAUUCAAGGGUAUUGAAAACAAGUUGGAGGAAGGGGUGGCUAGAAGUAUAGGUUUGCCAUGUAAAGGAAAUUUGGAGAAGUUGACCUUGUCUGAUGCUUCUAUGUUUAAUAUACACCUUGAUGACAAGGACAUUGUUGAUAAUGCGUUUGCUUACAUUUCAGUAGAUCCUCCGGGAAUUAUUAGCCAGGAGGAGGUUGAUAAAUUGGGAGCUGCAAAUAGUAACAGGUGUUCAGAUCCAGGAACUUCACCUGAUUCAGAAGUUAUAAACUCAGUUCCUGAUUUUCGAAUUUUUGCAGAAGGUUCGAAAAAUAUGCAAGAUGUUCUGAAUUUGUCGAAGGCAUACGUUUCCUCUGGAGAGGUUGUAAGUUUGAGUUUGCCACCAAAGAGCACUAAGAAAGGAAAAAAGAGGGGAAAGUGCCCUCAGGCAGGUGACUGCAGUGUGGAAAGCAAGCUAUUUAGUUCUGAAAUCAUGAACAAUGCUCAAGACUCUGUGAAACUUGGACAUGGAAACACAUUAGGUGAUGAGUCUUACUAUAUUGAUGCUUCCAUGAACACAGCUGGAAAAGCAUGUUUGGACACAUCUCGCACUGAGGGAGUUUCUGGAGAUCCUAUGCAUUUUUCAAGAUUUGCUGACAUGGGAACCUCUUGUGAGGCAUCAAAAGUCCAGACCAAUAAGGAUAUUAAACCUUCUACACUUGUGAGUGCAGUUGAGUUGUCGGAGUCACAGAUAUGCAAGGAACUAUUUCCUUCUAACAAGGGGCAAAAAAUUCCUGAAAAUUCUAGAGAAAAUGGAGGAAGCAAGAGUAGGUCCGAAGUUUUGGAUCUACCCAUCAAGAAAAGAAAUGCUUCCAGAAAGAAGGGAAGCCAAUGCCAUUCAGUUGCUAAUCACGAUGUUAAGGAGGGUGGUGAUUUCUGCAUCUUCGUUGGAGUGGAAGCAGGAAAUCAAUUAUCGUCUGAUCUCGGGGAAAGUGGAUGUGCAAGCCAAAGAUCAAGUGGAGAGACACACAAAUUAGAACUUUUUCCUUGUGGGGAAAGGGAGUGUACAGUUCCAGCGAGGAGCGCAUGGGUACUUUGUGAUGAUUGUGAUAAAUGGAGGCGAAUACCUGCUACACUUGCAGAUCAAAUUGAAGAAGCAAACUGCAGAUGGACCUGCAAGGAUAACAAGGAUAAAAACUUUUCUGACUGCUCAAUUCCACAAGAGAAGUCAGAUGCAGAUAUCAAUAAGGAGCUGGCUAUAUCUGAUGCUUCAUGUGAGGAUGACGCCUUCAUGAAGUCUAACCAAAAUCAAUCAAUUGUUGCUCAACAUUCAUCUUGGACGCUUAUCAAGUCAAACUUCUUUCUGCAUCGCAGUCGCAAAACCCAAACCAUUGAUGAGAUAAUGGUUUGCCAUUGCAAACCCCUGUCAGACGGUCGAAGGGGUUGUGAAGACAAAUGUUUGAACAGGAUGCUUAACAUUGAAUGCGUUCAAGGAACCUGCCCAUGUGGUGAACUUUGUUCAAACCAACAGUUCCAGAAGCAUAAGUAUGCUAAGUUAAAGUGGUUCAGAUGUGGAAAGAAGGGAUAUGGCCUUCAGGUGGUAGAAGAUAUCGCUGACGGACAGUUUCUUAUUGAAUAUGUUGGAGAGGUGCUUGAUAUGAAUGCUUAUGAAACACGUCAAAGAGAGUACGCUUUGAAGGGUCAUAAGCAUUUUUAUUUCAUGACAUUGAAUGGAAGCGAGGUAAUUGAUGCCUGUGCUAAAGGAAAUUUGGGCCGUUUCAUAAAUCAUAGCUGCGAUCCUAAUUGCCGCACAGAAAAGUGGAUGGUGAAUGGAGAAGUUUGUGUUGGACUAUUUGCUUUAAAGGAUAUUAAGAAGGGUGAAGAAAUCACUUUUGAUUACAAUUACGUACGUGUGUUUGGGGCUGCUGCAAAAAAGUGCGUAUGUGGUUCACCUAAUUGUCGGGGAUAUAUAGGUGGUGGCGGCGAUCCAUUAAAUGCUGAAGUAAUUGUCCAAGAUGAUUCUGAUGAAGAAUAUCCGGAGCCUGUUAUGUUCUGUGACGACAAAGAGAUGAAUUAUUAUUGGAAUGACAUUAUGAAAACUUCCUUAAGUGAUGGAGAAAUCAAAGUUGUGAAGGAAACAGCAGUAAAUGAGGAUAGGAUGGAGCAACUGGAAAGUGCUCUUUACCUCUUAAAGACUGCUUCAGAAAUUCUAAGUUCUGAUAAUUUGAUUCCAAAUGAACGCACAAGUGUCAAAUCACAAGUUAGGGAUACUUUAGUUCAUAAUGAAUGUCAACUUGAGGAUUUUUCUGCUGCUGCUGCUGUGCAUUUGGACAUGAACAAAGAAACUCAAGGUUCCGUGAACAGAUCUGCAUCUGCUGGUUUGAAAGUUGAAUCUGAAGAAGCAGAACACUCCCGGUUCCAUGUGGCCACUCCUGCAUAUUGUAGGAAAUCGUUGUCUGAUGUGGUUGAAACUAAGAGGAAAUUGGAAGCUACUAUUGAGGGAAAAAGGGGCGAAUUAACGAAGUCAGAUACUCUUUCGAAUACUCGUCGCUCAUCAUCUUCAGCAAAUAAGGGAAAGCUUAAAAUUAAUUCUGAUAAAAAAAAUCCAGAUGUGGACAAGUCACACGCAUUACCAUAUAAAUCUAAUAAAUUACUGGAACUUUCCCUAAAUAGCCAUUUUGAAGCAGUUGAGGCAAAACUAAAUGAGUUGCUAAAUCCUGACGGUGGUAUAAGCAAGCGAAAAGAUGCAUCGAGAGGCUACUUGAAACUUCUUUUUCUAACUGCUGCUUCAGGGAAUAAUGGCCAUGGUGAAGCCAUCCAGAGUAAUCGAGAUCUUUCAAUGAUUUUGGAUGCACUUUUGAAGACGAAAUCACGAACUGUUCUGAUCGAUAUUAUCAACAAGAACGGUUUGCAGAUGUUACACAAUAUAAUGAAGCAUUAUAGAAGGGAAUUCAUUAAGACUCCAAUUCUGCGAAAGCUUCUUAAGGUGCUUGAGCAUCUGGCAUUGAGGGAGAUUCUUAAUUUGGAGCACAUAAAUGGAGGUCCCCCACGUCCAGGAGUGGAGAGCUUUAGAGAUUCAAUUUUAAUUCUGACAGAACAUGCUGACAAACAGGUCCAUCAAAUUGCACGGCACUUUCGGGAUAGGUGGAUUCGAAGGCCCAUCAGGAAAAAUUGCUGCAUGGACAGAGAUCUUGGUAGAAUGGAAUUUCAUCACAGUUCAAACUACAAUAGGUUUCCCUUUUUACAUGAUGCUUUGAGUCAUAGGAGUGGAAAGCCUUCAGAAGCAAUAGACUGCUGCAUUGAACCCAGUGCAGUUAUUAGUGGUGUGUCAGAGGGAUCUCAUGCAUCAUGUACUAGUGAUUGUGGUGCCAAUGGUACAAAAACACGCAAGCGUAAAAGUCGAUGGGAUAAUCCUUUGGCGUCGUACCCGCACGUGGCAGAUGACGAAGAGCAGAACACUGAUGAGGAUGCUCCUCCUGGAUUUAAUUCUCCGCUUAAUGCCUCUAUUAUUCCAUCAGAUGCUUGUUCGACUGCUAUUGAACAUGAAAGAGCUAUGCCCAUGAAGCAUACGUUUGAUGUAGUAUUGGGCGAUUCACAACAGAGGUUCAUUUCACACUUGUCUGUAUCUUAUGGUGUUCCAUUUCCUAUCAUGCAGCAAUUUGGGACCCCUGAAGCAGAAUCUUUUAAUAGUUGGAAUGUAGCUCCAGGAUUGCCAUUCCAUCCUUUUCCUCCAUUGCCUCCAUAUCUGCGUGGCAAGAGAGAGCUACCAACCUCUGCCAAAUGUGCAUCAAUGAGUGAGGCGGCAGGACAUGCAGAACAGUGCUAUGGUAAUCGUGCCAAUCAUCCCUUAAGUCAAAACCAUACCGGCACUUGUAAGGACUUACCAGAUAUGAGAGUUUCAUGUGCAAAUGUCCAUCCAAACGUUCAUCCUCGGGGUUCUUAUAACCUGGGGAGGAAAUACUUUAGGCAGCAUAAGUGGAAUAAUUCAAAGUUAGCACCGCCAUGGAUUCGAAAUAGAAGUGGUUGGGAAUAUAUGGGGAAUGGCUCAAGAGAUGGCAUGGCUAAUGUAGGUUGUGGAAGUGGGGCAAAUGAGUAUCAGAGUGCAUACAACAAACAGUAG